AUGAGCUUCCCCUCGUCGAACCACACGCAAAAUCUUUCCGACAAACAGUCUUCGCAAGCCCAGCAGUCGACCUCACGCGCCUCGAGGCCAGCACGCCGCGGCCUUCCUCCCAUCUCAACCCAGCCCCCGUCUGCAGCCAACUCGCCUGCGACGCGCCAUAUUCUUAGUCGCAACUCGUCCGCCUCGUCGACGUCGUCUGUGCUGUCGCCCACCCAGCAGCAGCAGCAGCGCUCAAUCUCGAGUGGGGUCACCUCUACACCCACUUCAGCGACACUGCCACCAGCUCCCCAGUCAGCUGGAAGGAGAUUCGCAAGAGCCUCUCAACAGCCGCACUCCGCCUCGGCCUCGCCAAUCUCGGCUCAAUCGUUGGGUGCGCCGUCCGGACAGUUGACCAGCUUGGUCAUUACCCAGCUGAACAUUCUGCUGAGUACCUUAAAGGACGAUAAGAAGUGGGACAUCCAGGCCGAAAAGAUCCAGAAGGUAAGCAUCGCAUUGGCGGAGCGCGUCUUGUGCCUCAUGACUGACUCGAUGGUANNGUUGGUGGACGCGCACGGAAUGGACGUGUCGACAACAUAUUUCCGGAGGCUGUUGCAGAGCAAUGCUCCUCUGAUCUUCUCGGCGAACCAAAAUGCACAGCGCUCAGCAUCCGACAGCGGGAGCUACCCGCUGCUCGUCAGCGAGAUGCAGAAACUGACGCGCCUGCCUUCGCAAGCAGCAAAGAUUGCUGAUGCUCUCGACACCAACAACGAUGGCGACCUCUUCAAAGACUUCGACCUAUCGACCUUUAUGGAUCACUUCAGACUAGAUCCCACCGCAAAGGUCACCUUGGCGCUAGCCUGCAAGCUGGUCUCGAAGCAAGACAUCAAGACAAAGGGUAUCUCAUCUGACACAUCUCCAAUUACCUCCUAUCCUACAAGCUUCGCCGCUAACACAACUUCCNNAGCCGAUGCCAUACUGAGCAACAACUAUUCGCCCUUUCUAGAAGCCAUCGCAAACCCCACUGCCGACGACAUCAGCUCCUCCUUCCUCUCCAGCAUCCUCUUCCGUCUGAUCCUCGACCCCCCACGGCAGUGGAACAAGGAUGCUCAGGAACACCUGCUUGGCAGCUUGAAUGAACGCUUUGUAAAGCUUCGCACCUACCCCUCGAGCGAAGUCAGCGCAUUUAUUGCCUUCAUGGACCUGAUUCCUACCAACACCACCCUCGUCCGCCCUUUGCAGAGGGAGGGCCCCCGAGCCACAUCCUCAGUCGACAGCUGCAAAGAUGUUCUGUCCAGAGUCGACCAAAUCUCGCCGCAGCUGAUUGCUGUGGCACUGGCGUAUAUGCUCCUCUCUGACGAGUCUUACGAUAUCGGCGUCUUCGUUUCUGCCGUUCGCCAGCACCCCCAGGCCCAAAACCUUGAUUGGUAUGCCGUCGUGAAGGCAUUCGAUAUGGCUCUCAUGCGCAUCACAAAAUCGCAGUUCCUGGCUCUUUACAACUCUUUGCUCCCGCUUGCUCGCGAGACCGACACCUUCGACAUUCAGUGUCUGUGGGGCGGUUCAUGGCUCUCGACUAAUGCUCAGCUGUCUUUUGUUACCGCCUUUCUCUCAUGCUCGCCUCAGGAACUAGACGCCUCUCAGAUCNNCCCCCGUCUGCGUGCCGCAUUUUCGAUGGACGAGUUUGCUGAUGCCUCAGACGAAGUCAAGGCUUAUGCACAAAAGGCUGUCAGCCAUCCUAUGGUGUCCUUGGAAGCUACAAAGUUCCUCUUCCAUGUCAUCUUCCAGUCGCAGGACGCAUACAAUCAGGCACAGAAUCUUGGGAUCCCCGAAAUCGUUAUCAACGCAAAUACGGAUAUCUUUGUGUGUGCCGCGUCCGCUUGUGAGAAACCGUGGGCAGCUCUUCAGGAAAUGGCGCUUAACCAGCUCUUCCGUCCUUUCUUCCACAAAUCUCUCCCCAACUACGACUUCGUUCUGCACGCGCUCUGGAAGCACGACAAAUCCUGGCUGGCCAGCAAACUGGUCGAAGCCUACAAUGCCGACCCAACCUUGCUGGCCGUCAUCUUCGAGCACGCUCGUCAACAUGCAUGGACGGAUACUCUCCUUCUCAUCACGAAUGAGUUUGGACUGGAUCUUGCUGCAUAUGGCCAUGGCCAGGGAGAAGUCGAUCUGGAAGUCUGGGCUCAGGGUCAUCUUGAGAUAUCGCCCCAGCAGCUUGCUGGAGCAGUUGUUACAUUCCUGCGGAUAAAAGCCGAGGAUGAACAAUCAGUUCAACGUGACCACCCCCAUCAGGUUGUACCUCUGAAAGUCAAGACCGUUUACGCUUUGCUCAACGUCAUUCAUGGACAUCUGAGUGACGAGGAGAUUGGCGCCAUUCAACGUGUCUGUCUCCAGGUUUACCCUCGUCUGAUCAACUAUGGCUAUAAGUUUGACCACGUGAUCGAUGCUAACGGUGAAAAUGGCAACUCCCUGUCAGAAGAGGCCGAUGCCAAGAUGCAGGAGCAAUAUAAGAUGAUGUACAGCAACGAGGUGGAUCCCAGAGGCAUGAUCGAGCGUCUUCAACAUCUUAAGGAGUCCGAAGACCCUGCGGAUCAGGACUUGUUCGCUUGCAUGAUCCACGGCCUCUUUGACGAGUACAACUGCUUCGGUGAAUANCCCCUGGAAGCCCUGGCUACGACCGCUGUGCUGUUUGGUGGUAUCAUCAACUUCGGUGUACUCUCCUCCCGCGUCACACUUGGUGUCGCCUUGUUCAUGGUCUUGGAUGCUGUUGCAGAAUAUUCUCCAGACGAUUCCAUGUAUAAGUUUGGUCUUCAAGCUUUACUUCAUUUCAUCAAUCGCCUUGAGGAAUGGCCUAGCUUCUGCAACCGUCUUACCGCAAUCCCUCAUCUGCGCGGAACAGACGUGUGGACCAAAGCCGAGGAGGUUGUGCGUCGCCAGCCUGGCCUUGACUUGCGUAGCAGCGGGGAUCUGCAGCCAGAGCUCUCCCUCCCGAACGGCAACCUGGAUGAUUUCGUCCUUGAGUCGCAGUAUCCUCCUUUCCGCAGCAUUCAUGUCGAGGCCCCACUCAGACCCGAAGUCUACGAAGAGCCUGACGAGGAAACAUCGGACAAAGUCAUGUUUGUUCUCAACAAUGUUUCAAAACACAACAUCGAGGAGAAGUUCCAGGAUCUGGAGUCUGCUCUUGAGGAACGUCACCAUCAGUGGUUCGCCAACUACCUUGUUGAGGAUCUUGCGAAAGCGCAGCCCAACUUCCAGAAUCUAUACCUCCAGAUCUUGACGAUGUUCGAUGAGAAGAUUCUGUAUGCAGAAGUAUUGCGAGAGACCUACAGCAGUGUGUCCAGAAUCCUGAAUGCCGAAGCAACCAUGAACAACUCCCAAGAUCGUAACAACUUGAAGAACCUUGCUACAUGGUUGGGUAUGCUUACUCUUGCCCGCGACCAGCCGAUUCUUCACCGCAACCUCUCCUUCAAGGAUCUCCUGAUCGAAGCCCACCAGACCCAGCGCCUGCUCAUCGCUAUUCCCUUCACCUGCAAGGUUCUGUCUCAGGCAAAGGACUCGAAGGUGUUCAGACCUCCACAGCCGUGGUUAAUGGAACUGAUCAGCUUUUUGGUUGAGCUUUACGACUAUGCUGAACUCAAACUCAACCUCAAAUUCGAGAUUGAAGUUUUGUGCAAAGACUUAGGCCUCGACCAUAAGUCAGUUGAGCCAGCUUCCAUAAUCCGAACUCUGCCCCUUCACCUUGAAGGCGAGCUUCUACAACAGUACCCGACCGACACCAUGGACGGGUUUGGUGACAUGCACCUCAUGUCUCUAUCCAAAAGAGCUCCCAGCGAGCGCUUCUCGUCCCAGGAUGUUCUCAAGUCUCUUCCAGAUCUUGGUGCUAUGCUCAACUACCCUCCUUCCUCUGGCAGCAUCUCUCACGCGCAGCUCAAGAACAUCUUCCUCGAAGCUGCCCAGCGUGCCAUUACUGAGAUUAUUGCUCCGGUCGUGGAACGUUCAGUCACAAUUGCUGCCAUCUCAACAUCGCAGCUGGUCGAGAAAGAUUUCGCUAUGGAGUCUGACCCGGACCGUCUCUCAUCGUGCGCUCACAAUGUAGUCAAGGCACUGUCCGGUAGCCUCGCACUUGUCACCUGCAAGGAGCCUCUUCGUAUGAGUAUUUCUAACAACAUUCGCAUACUAGCAGCUCAGAACCUGCGUGAGCCUCUCCCAGAGGGCUCCAUUCUCAUGUUCGUCAACGACAAUCUGGAUACAGUUUGCAAGCUUGUGGAAGAUGCUGCGGAGUCACAAUCCAUGGCAGAGAUCGAUGCACAGAUCCAAGAAUCCAUGGAGCGUCGCAAGAGACACAAUGAACAACGCCCGAGUGAACCCUUCAACUUCCCCGCCGUCAGCCGAUGGGCCUUCUUCAUCCCUGAUCCAUACCGUCAGGAACCUGGUGGCUUGAACCCACAACAACUGGCCAUUUACGAGGACUUUGGCCGUCAAAUGCGCUUGCCUGCUGCUCCUCACGCCAAUGCAGUGUCACAGGAUAACACUCGCCAACUGCAGGAGCUCACCGAUAACUACCUGACGAGUCUCCCGACGCCUGCAGAGGCCCCAGCUAUUCCCAGACAAGGACAGCAGCAGCAGCGAGUCGUCCCCGCACAGGGCCAGACUAAUGGUUACAUGAGCACUGACGUCCUCAUCGCACAUGUCUUCGAGGCUCUGGCUGACCUCCAGCGCGUCGCCCAUGAAGCACCGGAAGAGCAUAUCGGCGAGAUCGGACCUAGUUCGCCCGUCCGCGAGGCAUACGCACAUCUGAUGCGCAUGAUUGAAAGCUCUCCCGACAAGGAACCACUGGCUCUCGCCACUGUGCAGAGAGCAACAUUGUUCGCCUACACUAAGAGUGAGACUCGUCUCGAGAUUGAGGUCUUUGUUGAAGUCUUGAACCACCUUUGUCUGAUCUCCGUUACCACGGCUCGCAACUUGACUAUCUACUUGCAGUCAAUCAACGACGACAAGGUCUACAAUGGUCCUGUCACUGUAUGUUUGCUCAAGACUGGCCUGCUCGAUAUUCAUCACGUCGAUCUCCAGACGUCUCAGGCAAUCAUACAGAAAAAGGCUGUUGCUGUUGAGUUCCUUGGAGCCCUCAUUGAUGAGCUGAUCCUUAGCGAGCAUCCGGCCGCUCUUCGUGCAGACUUCGUCCUCUCCUUCGGUGCACUUGGCCAGUGGCUUUCAGAGGAUCCUAGCGUAGAGCUGGGCAAGGACAUCAUCAAGAAACUCCAGGACGUAUCUAAUGGUGCGCCUCCGCCAAGCCCUCCUGCCUCGGAGAAGCAAGAUCAGCUUGAGUACGUCUUCGAGGAGUGGGUACGCCUGCAGAGACCUGAGGUUCCUGAACGCUAUAUGGUGGCGUUUAUCCAGCAACUGCAGAGUCGUAGUCUGCUCAGCAACCAGGAAGAGUUCUCUGCAUUCUUGCGUGUAUGCAUUGAGAUGUCGAUUGACUGCUUCGAGCGUGAGGCACUCACCUAUGGCAGCCUCGACCAUGCUUACAUCCAUAUCGACGCUCUGGCCAAGCUGAUUGCUUCACUUGUUGCAUACCAGAGCGAGGGCGAAGGUGUCCUCUCAGGCAGCAAGACUGAUUAUCUCAAGGCAAUCCUCGGCCUGCUCGUUCUUGUCAUGAACCAUCACCAGGCAUCCCGUGCUGUCGAUCGCUUCAAUGACAGAAUCUUCUUCAGACUGAUGUCUAGUCUGUUGUGCGAACUCUCGUCGUUCAGAGCACACCUCGGUGAUGACUACCAAGACCUCAUCCUUGUUUUCGGCAAAGCAUUCUUGGCAUUGCAGCCCAGAUUCUUCCCCAUGUUCACCUUCUCUUGGUUGGCACUCAUCAGCCAUCGCAUGUUCGUGCCCGAGGUCAUGAGAUCCGCGGACAGAAAGGGUUGGGACAUCUACCUUCAGAUUCUCCAAGUCUUGUUUAGCUUCCUUGGUGACUUGGUCAGCACGCAAGAGAUUUCGAUUCAUGCCGCAGAGUUCUACCGCGGCGUCUUGCGUGUUCUCCUGAUCUUGCAGCAUGAUUUCCCGGAGUUCCUCACUGAGAACCACAUGCGCCUCAACAGCAGCGUGCCUGCUGGUUUGCUCCAGUUGCAGAACGUCAUCAACUGUGCAUACCCUUCGUCCUUCCAGGAAUUGCCUGACCCUUUCACACCAGGUCUUAAGAUGAACCGCCUUGAACAAGUCCGCCAGUUGCCAGACCUUCGUGGCGGGCUUGAAAGUGUCUUGUCCGAAGCCGGUAUUGACACUGCUCUUGAGAACCUGCUCCAGGGCAAAGAGAUCAAAGACGAUGACAUCAAGACUGUCAUUGAUGGCAUUGACACCGAAGGCAAGCCUGAUGCUCUCACCAUCAAUGCACUGAUCCUGCAAAUUGGCAACACUGCCACCGCAGGAUCUUCAGUCUUUUCACCCUCGGCCACACCCAGCAGGGUCAUCGAGCGUCUGCUGCACGAGUCGCGCCACGAAGUACGCUAUCAACUUCUGAACGCAAUCACCAACCAGAUUCGCUACCCCAACGCCCACACGCACUAUUUCUCGACGGCACUGCUACACUCCUUCACGGUCAGCUCCGAAGACCUUCAACAGCAAGUCGCCAGAGUUCUGGUCGAACGUGUCAUGUCUAGCAGACCUCACCCUUGGGGAUUGCUCGUGACCGUGUUGGAACUUGUCAAAAACAACUCGUACAACAUCUGGGAACUCGGCUGGAUGAAGGCAGCACCCGAAGUCGAGAGAAUGAUGCUGAACGUUGCACACAGCUCAGGCCUCGCCCAGAGCCCACGUGCCAUGACCUAG